UUAGCCUAAGCCUCAGUCUGGAGAGGAGCAUUUUCUCUCUGCUCCUGAAGCUGCUUUCUGUUGCUUCCCCGCCCAUCUGUGCUGUCAGCAGCACCAGCAAAGUUGACCUCGAACUUGAACGGAACUGAAGUCUCCAGCUCCCAGGAGCUCUGCCAGGCAGCAGGCGGGACCCAGACUCUGAACUCUGUUGGCCUGGAGAAGCCGACCCUCCCAACCCACAGCCGGCCUUUGCUUCCUGGUGAAACUUCUGCCUCUGACCUGUAGGUCCCCAGUCUGGGCUGAGGAAUGGUGCGCUGAGGUCCUUCUGGAACCCCCUUAUCACAGCCUGGAACUGAAGCAGCCCAAGGCCCAAGCCAACAUGGCCAACCCCGUGCAGCCUCAGUUUCCCCCGGCACAGGAGCCGGCCACUGCCUCACUCCCAGACCUGCCCGAGAUGGAGAUGCUUCUCACCAAGGUGGGGGACAAGGAUGACAAGUCCCCGAAGCUGUCCAAGUCCCUGUCAGGGGCUCUGGACCUGGAGCAGAACGGCCAUGGCCUGCCCUUUAAGGUGGCACCUGGGGGGCACCGGGCGGCUUCGCUCCCCCAGUCACCCUCCCACGCCAGCUCCAGGCGGGCAUCCUCCAUUGCCACCACCUCCUGUGCCCAGGACCAAGAAGUCCCCAGAGAUUACCUCAUCCUGGCCAUUGCCUCCUGCUUCUGCCCCGUCUGGCCCCUCAACCUCAUCCCCCUCAUCUUUUCUAUCAUGUCGCGAGGUAGCGUGCAACAGGGGGACCUGGACGGGGCCCGGAGGCUGGGCCGCCUGGCCCGGAUGCUCAGCAUCAGCUUCAUCAUCAUAGGCAUCGUCAUCAUCAUUGUGGCCGUGACUGUCAACGUCACAGUUCAGAAGAAAUAGAAGGCACAGGCCUCUGCGCUGGCGGAGCGUACCCGCGGGAGUGCACCCAACCCACACACCCCACAUGCCAUGGAGGACAGGGCGGUGACUGCCAAGGGCCCGCUUGUCCCCACGCUCCAAAAGCACAAACUUGGAGGGAAACCCCCAAGUCACUCCAUUGUCAGACCACGUCAGAUGGGAAAAGCCAGAGGGAGGAAGGAAGGAAACUAAAUUUACUGUGAAACCACUGAGGAACGUGUUUAAUCUUAUGGACUCAGCCUGGCAUUUUGACCCCAGUGUUCUGGCUUCUUCCUCAUCCUCACAAUUUCCUGGCAUCUACUGAGCAGCAUAUACUGCCAGACGGAGAAGAAAGCGGCCCCAGGAACAGGUGAACGGUGGUGGGGAGAGAGGCAGCACACUUCCUGCAUGGCCAGGAGUCAGACGUGGGACUUUCUUUAUCUUUGUAUUUUUC